AUGGAAACUACAACAGAACCACUUGAUGCACUAACAAGCCAUGACGGUUCCUUGUUUGACUAUGACGCCGGCCUUGAUGCGGCAUGGCAACAGCCUCAAACGAACAUCACUGUAAGGUCUAAUAACGAGGACCCAACGCCUAUUCUAGGGGUGGACGAUAAGGUCCAGGUUAGCAAGCACCGGCGAUUUGUUGCGAAACUAGAUGAGAGCAGAUUGCUCUCGCAAUCCGGGAUACCAAAGCUACGCCGCACGUCCAGGCAGAGGCUGAGACUGAAGGGCAAAGGGCACGAGGUCUAUGACCACCAACAUCGGCAUCACUUCUCUCCGACUGCUAAUUUCAUGGAACAGUUUUCUGACGUCGCCCGGCUUUUGAACUUCUACCAAUUAUGGCUUGACGAUUUAUAUCCUCGUGCCAAAUUCGCUGAUGGUCUGGCCAUGAUCGAAAAACUUGGACACUCUAAGCGCUUGCAGACGAUGAGAAGGGAGUGGAUUGAUGAAGAGAAGCCGAAAGCGCUGACGGCUGAUAUAAACCAGCAAGUCCUCGAUGGUCUUAGUGCAGACAUGGACCCUGCGACUACGGUAGAAACAUCCGAUACAGCAUUAGGCGGAACGAUUUCUGGCUCUAGACGCGGGGACAUAAUGUUCGACCUGGCACAACUACAUGCGCCAACUCCAGAGUCAAACAAACAGAUACCAGAAAGUUGCGUAGCGGAUGAUACCCCUGAAGAUGACGAGUUGGAUAUCCUUCUACGAGAAUUUGAAGAUGGAAACCAUGGCGCCUAG